GGAGGGGGAGGCGUGGGGCGCUCGCGGUGCGAGUGGAGGUCGGCGCCGACGCUCUCCUCCCUCGUGGUGGCGGCGGUGUUCGGCUUCAUCAACUGGCUGCUCUGGACGGGCAACGUGUGGUUCGUCUACAAGGAGACGGGCUGGCGCGCGCCGUCCCUGCGGCCCCUGCUGCGCCACGGCUCCGCGUUCUGCGCCUCCGAGCCGGACCUCGCCGCGUCCACCCGGAGGGGCGACCGCGGCGGCGGCGGCGGAGCCGCGGCAUCCUCGGCGAUCGGCGACCGCGACUUCGAGCGGGCCGCCGGCGACCACGUGCUGAUCGACCUGGGCGGGCAGCUGGGCACGAGCCCCAAGGCGCGGCUCCUGCAGCCGCAGGUGUCGUACCACGAGUACGACAACCCGUGCUACACGCACGGCGAGGACCCCCCGCUCGCGGAGGCCAGGGCGGCGGUGACGGCGGCGGCGGCGGGCCCGGCGGAACGCAAGGGCGACGCGCGGAUGAUGCUGGCCGAGGAGGUGCAGGAGGUCCUGUACCGGCGGCUGGGCGUGGCGGCUCUGCCGGCAGAGACGGUCGCGACGCUCGCCUCGCUGUCGCCCUCCUCGGUCGUCCUGUCGUUCUUCUCGACGACUUUCUGGACGCCGGCGGCGGCGGGGGGGGAGGGCACGGGGGCGGCCGGGCUGGCGCAGGCCACCGGGCGCCCCCCGCGGGCUCGGGGCGCGCGCCUCUCAACGGGACACAGCUUCUCGGCCGACGACGAAGACGAAGACGACGAGGACGACGGCGGUGACGAUGGCAAAGACAUCGACGGCACGCAGCGCCCCAAGAAGGUGUACGUGAGCAUCCCCAAGCUGGAGUGCCACGACGACGAUGACGAUGACGACGAAGACGUCGACGGGCACGGGAGCGGUGGCAGCGGCGGAAAACGCGCCCGACCGAAGAUCGUCCACCCUAGCGCCGUCCGGAAGGCGGACGGCGCGGAGGAGGCGAGCAAACGCGAUGCCGCUAUCAUCGACGACCUCAUCAAGAAGGGCUACCUCAUCGUGCAAAACGACGGGUGCGGCAAGAGCGGCGGCGACGACGACGAUGGCGCGGGAGGUCGCCAAACCCGCCUGCGGAGACAGCACCCCAUCGCCAAGAGGAAGUACGCGAGCGGCGGGAGCCAGAGGUCCGCGCUGGGCCGCCAGAGCCUGGACGCCGGCGGCAGCAGGUUCUACUGCGACGACGGCGACGGCGGCCUAGCCGACCCGCACGAAGCGCGGGCCAGGAAAAUUCACGUGAGCGUGCAGCGGCGCCGCUCGACGGGCGCGCGCAGCCUCAACGACGUCGACUUCGACGACGAGGGCAGCCGGGAGGUCGGCUCCUACGGGGGCGACGCCGGGGGCGGCGUCAGCAGCGCCGAGGAGAUCAUGGUAUCCUGCGGUUGGGGCUCACGGCGCGGCGGCGGCUCCGGCAUCGGCGGUGGCGGCGGCUCCGGCAUCGGCGGUGGCGGCGGCUCCGGCAUCGGUGGCGGCGGUGGCGGCGUCGCGGUCGUGAAGGCGGUGCGGCCGGCGUCUCCGACGCGGAGGUCCAGCGCGACUCUGUCUCGGCCGCGCUGGGCCGAGAGCCGCAGCUGCAACUCAACCGACACGCUCAGGGUGGACGCGGCCACGUGCGCGGGCUCGUCAGGCGGGUCCAUGAGGCUCAAAAGCCCCGAGCGAGCCUGGGGUGAGCGUCGGGCAAGCUCCGUGCGUCACCACCACGCGGCGGCCGGCGCCGGGACGGAGCGUUUUAAAGGCGAGGCCGGCGGGGACGCCAGGGACGCCAGGGGCGAGGGUGGGGGCGUGCGCAGCCGGGGAAGGUCGACAGACGGGCGGGGAAGAGAGGGCGGCGCCGGCGCCGGCGCCGACGGCGGCGGCGUUGAUAGGGGACGGUCGAUGGACGGGAGAAGGAAAAACAGCGUCGACGUCGUCGUCGACAGGGGGAGAUCGAUGGACGGCCGCGGUAAAGACAGCAGCGGUUGCAACGAAGUCAGGGGCGGUGACCAACUUGGCAACCGGCUGAACUUGAACAGGACGAGUGACUACAUGUUCGAGAGACGCAACAGCACGAGCAGAAUCUCGGCACGCAGCGAGAGCAGGAACCUGAUCGUGACGAACGGCGGCGGCGGCGGCGGACCGCGGAACGCCGCGUCCAGCGGCUACGCCACGUGGGCCACGGCGGGCACGGCCGCGAUAAGAACGUCGGCCAGCGCGGGUGACCAGAGGAACAUGGCCAGCGGUGCGGUCACGUCGGCCACGGCGUCGGCCACGGCGUCGGCCACGGCGUCGUCGUGGAGCAGGAGGGACUCGGACGAAACGACGGGACCGGCGCGGCGGAGACGCAGCCGCGAGCGCAGCCGCGAGCGCGGCCGCACCGCCGCCCCGCGGAGGAAGCGACGCAGCGCCACGGUGGAGGGGGCCCCGCGGCACGCCGAGGACGACGAAGCGGCACGGCCCGUCGGCCGAGAGGCGCGGGGGGAGGGGUCGACGGCGGCCACGGCUACGGCGACGGCGGCGGCGACGGAAGGUGCGUGCAGAGCAGUGGUGCUUCACUUGGAGUGCACGCUGCACCCUCUGAAGGUGCGGGAUGCCCUUGCUGGGGGUGCCGAGACCACAGCCGUGCUCAUCGAGAGGUGCGGGGGGAAGGGCAACAAACUCAAAUUCAAGAAGCAGCUCUGA